AUGAGCUCACUCGACUCUCUUCGAAUCCCCGAGGCCAAGAAGGACUACAUCAUCCAGAAGCUGAACCCCCUUCUGGAAGACAUGGUUACUGAGUGUCUCACUCAGAUGCCUAACGACCCCGUCGAGUUCAUGAUCAAGUAUUUACGUGAGAAGAAAUCAGGUGGCUCCGAAGAUACGUCCCUCGGGGAUUCCCUUCAAGCUGAGAACAGUCAGCUGAAGAACGAAAUAAACCGUCUUCGUGAUAUGCUCAAGCACAGUGUUGGCGGAGCUGCUGGGACUACCGAUGGCGACAACGACUCUGUUUUGGAUUCUGAGGAUGACGAAGAUGAUUACGUUGAUGAACUGCCAGCCAGCUUCGUCCAAAGUUCGGCUCAGCGCGGCAAGGCCCGAGCAUCAGUGAGUGCAGAGGCCUAUGGUGCUUGGAACGUAAAGAAGGAGUUUACACCCCCGGUGUAUCCCAAGGAGGACGAGCAAAAGGCCAGAAUCAAGGACGUCCUCUCCAAGUCGUUCCUCUUCGCCGCUCUGGACAACAACGAUUUUGCCAUUGUCGUUGACGCUAUGAAGGAGGAGACUGUGAGUGCCAAGGAACGUGUAAUUAACCAAGGAGAUGAUGGCGACUUUCUGUUCGUCGUUGAGAGUGGUGAAUUAGAGGUCUAUAAGAAAUUCCCAGGAGACGAGGAGGAGAAGAUGCUGAAGGUGUGCGAGGUCGGUGACGUCUUUGGCGAGCUCGCCCUCCUCUAUAACGUCCCUCGUGCCGCCUCUGUGGAGGCUAAGACCGACUGCACCUUGCUGAGGCUGGACAGGGAAACCUUUAACCACAUCGUUAAGGAUGCAGCAGCACAUAAGCGUGAGCGUUAUGAAUCCUUCUUGAAAUCCGUGCCACUGUUGAACUCCAUGGACGCGUAUGAGAGAAGUCAGAUAGCUGACGCCCUCAAGCCCGUCUCGGUUGCUGCCGGAGAGAUGAUUGUCAAACAAGGUGAGCCCGGUGACACCUUCUACGUUAUUGAAGAUGGAGACUGUGAGGCCUUGAAGGAGCGCGAUGGAGGCCAGCAGGAAGUGGCUCAUCAUCAGGUUAUGUCUUAUGGCACUGGGGACUAUUUCGGCGAGCUCGCUCUUCUCCGUGGGGAGCCUAGGGCAGCGAGUAUUAAGGCCAAGACGGACACCAAGCUUCUCGCUCUAGACAGGCGCAGCUUUAAGAGAUUGCUCGGACCCCUCCAGGAGCUGUUGGUGAAGGCAUGUGAUCGAUAUGCGAAUUAG